ACUGUGAAGACUAUGCGCAAAAAGUAAAAAGGAUGUCGGAUGACUGCAGCAGAGCAUCUGAGAGUAAUGUUACAAGCAAACUAAUGGAUGCAAAGUUCUUCAGUCAGAAUCUUGACCAGUACUUCUGGUACGAUUCCUGUUAUGAAUACAACGACGCUAACCAGUGCACAAUCCGCUACUUGGAUCUUCUAGUUAGGAAGGAUCGAUACCCUGAUUCGGACGAGAACGACAGUGAACUUGACCUUCAGGGACUACCAUGGCAUCAAAUAGUUUCUGAUCUUAAAAAUCACUUCAAUAUGAAAAUCUCGGAUGUGAAAAUGAAAUUUUCGUGGAAAGGACCAGAAUGCGGAUUUGACGGAAAGAUCAUACAUGAAACAAGCACUGCAACUCGAGGAGGAAUGAAUGUCUUGGCAUUGUUUCUCAUUUUGAUUAUAACAUGCAUGUUUUAAAAAUUUAUCUGUUUGUAAUAUGUUAAUUCUGUUACUAAGAACAAAAAAAUCAACUUCACGUAAUGUAAGAAAAGCGCCAAACCAUAUUUUAGUCUCUUUGUAAAUUUACUACUGUAAAAUGUGUAAAAUUUACAAGGGUUUACUUUUCAAAUUCAAAAUUCUAGUGAAUAAUAACAAACAUCAUCGGGAAAAGUACUGAUAAACUGCUAUGAAGCGCGAAGUCUUCAUAACAAGUGAAAGUGCUUUUUUGUUGUCCGUCAAAUCUCAAAAAUAAUGCAUACAUUACACUAAGUCUACAGUAAACAUAUUAGCAACCGUGGUUCAGAUGGUACAUACCUUUUCUGAUGAUGGUCAUAUGAUAUGACUUGAAUAAUCUUGAAAGGUGUGUCUUUGUUGUUAGGAACAGAAUUUAUGUAUUGUAUCACGUGCAUGUUCCUUAUUCAUCAACGUUUUAACAAAGCUAAAAAGAUUUUGCUGUGUCUUUUUGUUAAAGAAGCACAUACUGUAACGAGACGUUGCAUAAGAGUAACCUUUCCAGCUAUAUGCUGCUGAGCGAAGUAAACACAAUUUAAGAUAAACAAGUAAUAAAAAAUUAAAUAGAUGACAUUGUGAAUUAUAUAUUUAAUUUGCUUUAAAAUCAUUGAUGUACAUGGUUCCAUACAUGUGACCCAGGUUAAAUUUUUUCGUUCAUUGUGUUCUCAAAAUUCAUUGCAACCUUAUGUAUAUGUAAGCUAGUGAAACAAUAUCACUUGCUAUACAGGUUAUGCACAUUUUUUGAACGUCUGUUGUCAGUGUUUUUAUCUGCCUGCUUGUUUGCUUAUACGCACUUCUGAUUAAAGAUAUAUUUAAAGCCA